AACCAGCACUAGACGCAAGCUUCAAUUUGAGACUAAAGAAGCGAGAGAAGCUGAAAAGAAGAAUGGCCAACUUUGUGCUGCAACUGCCGACAAGCAACUUGAGAAGCAUCUCUGUUUAUGCUUCAUCUAACGGGGCUCCUCCGGGUACUGGUUCACAAAACGGUGGACCAGUGGUUUUGGAGCUUCCACUUGAAAAGAUUAGGAGACCCCUAAUGCGCACCAGAGCAAAUGAUCCUAACAAAGUCCAGGAACUCAUGGACAGCAUUCGACAAAUUGGACUUCAAGUGCCUAUUGACGUACUUGAAGUUGAUGGAGUUUACUAUGGUUUCUCCGGUUGCCAUCGGUAUGAAGCUCACCAGCGCCUUGGACUCCCAACGAUCCGUUGCAAAAUUCGACGAGGAACCAAAGAAACUCUCAGGCAUCAUCUUCGUUGAAUGGUAGUGUAUGCUCUUAAAGAGCAUUCGCAACUAUGCUCGUCUCAGCUCCUUAGAAGUUCACUAUGUGUUUAUUCUGAACUUAUAACUAAGUUUGUAUAUUGCUGUUUCAAACAACUUCAUAGGCUGAAACAUUAUAGCCAUAACCGGCAGUAGUACACAGUUUUUUUACCAGUAGAAAAAUGUAAAUACCUGCUAUGUCACAUGAAGUGAUCAUAUUAUA